AUGUCAUCCUCGGCCGCCUCCGCGGCGCGCAACGUCAACGUCCUUGGCGGCCCGCUGUCAAAGUGCUGCGUCUCUCCCGUCACGGGCUAUUAUCGCGAUGGCGCCUGUGCCACGGGUCCCGCCGACCUCGGCGUUCACACCGUGUGCGCCGUCGUCACGCGCGCCUUUCUCGACUUUUCGCGCGCCAAGGGCAACGACCUUGUCACCCCCAUGCCCGCCUAUGAAUUCCACGGCUUGAAGGAUGGGGAUCGUUGGUGCCUCUGCGCGAGCAGGUGGAAGGAGGCCGCAGAUGCUGGUGUGGCACCCCCCGUUGUGCUCGAAGCUACGCAUGAGAAGACACUCGAAUUUGUUACCAUCGAGUUGCUGCAAAGGCAUGCCAUCACCCAGGGCGACCCCGCAUAG